AUGUUCGGAAACACCUCUCUUAAGAAGAAGCGCAACAUCAAGAAGCAUUCGGCUCAUCAUGAUUUCUUGGACGUGAUAGGCGAACAGUCCACCUCUCUGUCCGGCUCAUCUAAGUGUGCGAAGGUCGACGUCACCAAACAAGAGGCUGAUUCCAAUGAAGCCAAUGAUGGGAUCCAAGCUGGACCCCCUCAAGCUCAGUGUGCACCAGAUAAAGAUGUCCUGAAGCGUGUUCACAAGCCCCAGACUCAAAUCCGUGCACUCCCUCAGCUCGAAGAUUUUAUCACCACCCUCGAUGUUGCCUUGCCUGCCAAGGCUGAGGUCCUACUCCUUCCAUCCGACUUCACAGCCGACAAACACCAGACACUGGGCCUCACUUUGCUUGCGAAAGUGGAGUAUCAGUUGUGGGAGGGUGAGGCCAAUGACACUGUCUCAUCACUCUGCAGCACCAUCCUGCAUGGUAUGGUUCUUCUGGAUGCAAAGAAGGCACAUUCCCAUGGUGUCUACCAAAACACAAGAUCCAUGUGUUUCAUCAGGAGUGUUCAGGACAAAAAGAAGGUCUGGAUGGCCCAGUACCGUGAGGCUCAUCGCCGACUGCUUUCCCUUGCUGACGAUGAGGCUGAGGUGGCAUCCGAGUUCCCAGAGCUGUCCGAAGAAGACACCUUUGCAAAGAAUGCUGCAUCAGCACACAAGCUCAAGGAUGGCUCAAAUAUGGACAGCUGGAUAUGGGGCUUUGGAAGGUUGCAUGGGAUGGACGAGGUUCAGAAGGCUGAUUUCCUGAUUCAGCAAGAGGUCGAGCUCUUGGAAGAGGAAUUCCGAUGCCUGAUACGUGCAUGCUGCAUGAUGGGAACUACCUGGACCACCCUCGCAAGCUCCAUUUCUAGCAAGUACGCCCCCGAUCAGAAGACUCUUCGUAUCGCCCAAGGAUCUGGUCUUGACCAGUCAUCUGGAUACCGAGCCUAUGCUUUUCAGAAGGCCGCCAUGUACCAGAAGAUGGAAUCUGUUGCUCAUGAGCACUUUGCUGCGCUCGACGGCGAGUGGCCCUCUGAAGACGAAACCCUCUCAGAAAUGGUGAUGCAGCUUUGCCCUGUGACAGCUGUAGAUUGGGAAGAUGUUUGCCAUGAAGCUGCACAGGCAAAAGCAGCAGCUCAAGCAAGCACUUGA